UUUUAGGGUUUUGCUCCUCCACAACGCCACUCUCUUCUUCCUGGGAGCUCGAGAGAGAGAAAACCUGAGAGAGUGAGAAAUGCCUGCCGGUCACGGUCUCCGCGCUAGGACAAGGGAUUUGUUCGCCAGACCCUUCAGAAAGAAGGGUUACAUCCCCCUGUCGACUUACCUCAGGACUUACAAGAUCGGCGACUACGUCGACAUCAAGGUAAACGGCGCCGUUCACAAGGGUAUGCCCCACAAGUUCUACCAUGGCCGCACCGGUCGUGUCUGGAACGUCACCAAGCGCGCCAUCGGCGUUGAAGUCAACAAGCAGGUGGGUAACAGGAUUAUCAGGAAGAGGAUCCACGUGCGAGUGGAGCAUGUUCAGCCGUCAAGGUGCACUGAGGAAUUCAAACUCAGGAAGGUGAAGAAUGAUCAACUCAAGGCAGAGGCUAAGGCAAAGGGUGAGGUCAUUAGCACAAAGAGGCAGCCAGAGGGUCCUAAACCUGGUUUCAUGGUGGAGGGUGCUACAUUGGAAACUGUUACUCCCAUCCCAUAUGAUGUUGUUAAUGAUCUCAAGGGUGGAUACUAGAUCUACACUUUUUUUGUGGUCUUGCUGUUUUGGUUUAUUUUUGGCAAACAUUAGUGAACUGGAUUAGUUAUUUGGAUGUGCUGUUUUCUUUGUAGUUUAUUUUAAAGAGAUACUGCUCCUGCUGAGAUUUUAAUUUUAUCACUCAUUUUAGAGACAAUGGAUGUCUUUAUAUGCAAAGUGUUAUAUUUGUUCGUGCAU